AUGGCUCAAAUCCAGGAUCUACCCGUCGAGCUGCUCACAGCCAUAUUUCUCUAUCUAAGAUGUCUCCCUUCGACGUACGAAAGGGAGCCUACAUGCAAGGGCAUAUCACAAGUGUGUGAACACUGGCGCGAGGUUGCGCUGAACACGCCGGAGCUCUGGACGCUCAUCCCGCUCGUGAGCGCGCGCUGGACCAAGCUUUGCAUCGCACGCUCUAGUCCGGCCCCUAUCGUCGUACACGCCGAAUGGCUUCGGGACUACGAGCACGAAGCGAGGCGCAAGACCUUGCAACUUGUGUACCCUGAAGUCCACCGAAUAUCGUCUCUUCGCAUAUCCUCCAUGGCUUACCUCAUCAAUCACCGUGUCACGGCCGAUGGAAUCCAAGGCGAACUUCACACAACCCAGAUACUCGCUGAUCUAUUCACUGACUCCAACGCGGGGGCUGCUGUCACAUUAUCUGACCUCUUCAUCUCCUUCGACGACGGAGCGGGCCAAAUCAGUGAAGACCCUCACCGCCACACAUUCGGGGCUGGGACAAGCUCCGUCGAGACUCUCAAACAUCCCGCCGAUCUGCCCCUUGCGAUGUUUGGAGCCUCUCGCCUAGAUGCGCUCAAGGCAGCCUCCUUCAAAGCCUGCAGGCUACCCCUAUCCUGGUCUGGAACUUUCCUCCCGACAACCCUUCGUUCGUUAACUCUGGUGGAUGCUUCCGCAUGGAGAAAUGUGGAUACAUUGGUUGCGUUCUUUCGACUGGUACCGAACUUGGAAUCCCUGGACGUACAGCGCCCAGGAAAAUGGCGUACCUGCCCCUUCUCCGCAAUCCCGUCACUCGCCCAUCCCCCUCGUUGUGCUCAACUGGCUCGGCUACACACACUACGGGUGUACGCGAGUUUCGGGCACAUCCUGGCUCUGUUGACAUACCUCUCGCUCCCUGUGAUCACCUGCAUCGACAUCAGUGUGCGCGGCAAAGCGCGAUUGAUUCCCGAUGCUGAGCCCUUACUCCAAUUGGGGACAACCGCCAUACGCGAUCACUUCGCUCCGGCAGCGGCCGACGGACUUGCUCAUGGGCACGUCGGUGUGGAGAACGGGCGCAUCACAGCCCCUUGCUCUCGAACUCUCACCAGAACUCUCCAAGUUUCUCACGUCGACGUCGGUACAUCUCGUUCUUCUGUCAACAUUCACUUGGGCAACUUCGAAAAGCGCGAUAACACGCCGUACCACCGCGAUGCCUACGCGCUAUUCCUUCUGCAGCCGAUGUUCUCCGGUGCCGAAAGUAUGACGUGUCUGGACUUCCUUCCUCCGGGCGUAUGGCCUCUCUUCCAUCACUUCACCACGCGCAGCCUCUGCCUUGGCCCAGCGUCUUAUGACUGCUUUAUGGAAGCUAUUGCCGACGCCCCUUCUGAGGCUCCUCUAUUCCCUUCUCUUCGACGUCUCAUUAUUGCGAAUGGCUCCCUCGACCGCUACGACGUAACGAGACGGACGAGAAUGAGAACUCACGAGAUCAUGUACAUCCAACGUCUGCGGGACAUUGGGCAGCGAAUAAUUCAGAUGGCCCAGAGACUAGCUCAGUAUGACGAGUUUGAGUCGCUCGUGUUAGCGGGAUCUGCUGUGCAAAGCGUGGCAGAGGAAACGCUCAGCGCGAUCACCAAUAUACUAGGCGAAGAGCGCGUCGAGUUACAAGCAGAGUCGCCGUCUGCGUCAUAG